AUGCUCGCGGGCAUCGAGUUAGAUGUAAGCAGGGGCAGUCUCGCCAGUAUUUUUCGAUUUGGCGCUCGGCGGGGACUCAUGAGCUUAGCCGUUGCGGCAUUCACAUCGUCCUUCCAACGCGUCAUCACCCACGACUUGUUCGGGCAACGUGAAAAUGUCCCGAGUUCGCGGCCUCUACCCUUUUGGUGGCAGGAUAUGGCCAUUAUUGACCAGCUUGAAGUGAAUCAGGGCCCUAUAGACAAUUCCAGACACGCCACUCGCUGGUCGACCGAUCGAUGGGUCGGAUAUCGCGAAGCACGCACGUAA